AAAUAAAGGAAGAUUUUGUACUUGGUUAUAACUUAUAACGUAUUAUAUUUUGUAAGUUUUGAUAAACGAUUUUAUGUUACAAUCGAAGCUAAAUGGCAAUAUGUUCCAAAAUUCUUCUGAAGGAAAAAUGAUCGGCGACAUGGCACUAAACGAAACGGAUAAGGAACUUGACGCAUGGAUCGACGGGAUUACCUUCUCCAGACAGGUGAAAAAUUUGUCGAGGGACUUUUCGGAUGCUGUUCUUAUGGCGGAGAUUCUGAAGUUCUAUUAUCCGCGAUAUGUGGAACUACACAAUUAUGUGCCAGCAAAUAAUUACAACACUAAGAAGGAGAAUUGGAAUACACUGAAUCGAAAAGUGCUCACAAAAAUUGACAUGAAAUUAAACAAGGACACAAUCCAUCAUCUAGCAAACGCAUCUCAAGGUGCAAUCGAGAAGUUGUUGUUAGAACUGAAAAUAAAAAUUCUGAGAGAUAGCGAAGAGUUUCGAUUACAUAAAUCGAAGCUCAAAUUUAACAUGGAAGGCAUCAACGUACAAAUAUCAAAGAAAAAGAUUGUAGACAAUUCAAUGGACGAUAAUUCAAAACAACUUGAUUUGGACCCAGAAAUCUCACAAAAAUCCGACAAUAAAGAAAUUUGUGAAUUUAAUUCAUCGAAAUUAAGAAGAUUUCGAGGGCUAUUUAUCAUUUUCAGUUGGAUUACUUGUUUUUUUCGUAUAUGGAAUAUCAUUAGUUACUGCAGAUUUCCUCGUUUUGGCAAACGCAACAUACUUGUGGAUAUAGCAACUGAGCGUAUUGAAAGUGUAAAUGACGAAAAUAUUUCAUGUGCAAUCUAUACGGAGUUGAAGCAGCAGUUGCGUGAAAAGGAAGAGAUAAUAUCCACAUUAAAUCAUAAAAUCACAUAUUUAAAGAACUCGAUGAAACUCAAAGACUUACGUAUUUCUAGCUUAACAACACAAAUUCUGCAAAAUACCAUCGGAAUAGAUUGUUCGUCAAAAUCGCCGUCAAAAGGCAGUGCUCAUGCAAAAUUGCGCUCACGAUCACACAAUUUUCACGAAAACAAAACAAAUUAAAAACUUGUAGCAAUGCGAAAAAAAAUUACGAAAUUAAUGAUGUACAUCACAAAUCGCGUGUGUAAAAAUACUACUCUUCUCAUUACGACAUAAUUUAAUAGAUUUUUAUGAAAAUUAAAUUUAACUUGCAUAUUUUGAUUUAUCAAGUAACCGAAAUUUUCUAACUAAAUAAACAGUCAAUGAAUCUCUCUGGUUAUUAAAAAAAAUUCUGAUUUUUAAUGGAGCAAGAGUUUCCUCAGAUUCACUCAUCGAGAUAAAAACAAAAUCGACAUCAAAGUUAUGCAUCACAAGGUCUCUCUUCCAAUCACUUUCUCAUCAUUG